CUAAGAGCUGUAGCUGGGAAGCACGACACCGCUGAACAGCACGGCCGCUGGCCGUUCGCUGUGGCGCGGGGGCUCGGCGCUCCCAGCCCUCGCCAGCCGAGUCCCGCCGGGGCUGUGCGGAGCGGGCCGGGAAGGCGCCGGGCCAGCAGCGGCCGCCUGGACACUCCUGAGCGGCCGCAGGAGGGCGCCCGCAGGCCGGGCGGAGAGACGCGGCCUCCGCUUCCGCUGCCACUAUGGCGGCGGCCGCAGGUGUGCCGGUGCGGGUCUGCCACCAGGAGAUCGUCAAGUUCGACUUGGAGAUCAAGGCGGCCGUGCAGGACAUCCGAGACUGCCCGGGGCCGCUCGGCGCCCUCACGGAGCUGAACGCUACCGUGAAGGAGAAGUUCCGCCACCUCCGCGGCCGCAUCCAGGAACUCGAACAGAUGGCAAAGGAGCAAGACAAAGAGUCGGAGAAACAAGCCUUGCUGCGGGAAGUGGAAAACCAUAAGAAACAGAUGCUCAGCAAUCAGGUAGCUUGGAGAAAGGCAAAUCUGGCCUGCAAAAUUGCUAUUGACAACUCUGAGAAAGAUCAGCUGCUGCAGGGAAGAGACUCCUUACGACAAAGGAAGACUACGAAGGAAAGUCUGGCAGAGAGUGCCAGUAACAUCACAGAGAGUCUGAUGGGCAUUAGCAGGAUGAUGUCGCAGCAAGUCCAGCAGAGUGAGGAGACUGUGCAGACCCUAGCCAAUUCUUCACGAACCAUCCUGGAAGCAAAUGAAGAAUUUAAGUCCAUGUCUGGGACAAUCCAGCUGGGGAGAAAGCUGAUCACAAAGUACAACCGCAGGGAGCUGACAGACAAGCUGCUCAUCUUCCUCGCCCUCGCCUUAUUCCUAGCCACAGUGCUCUAUAUCUUGAAGAAAAGACUUUUUCCAUUCUUGUAAAACUCCAAAGCUGAACUGGACUGUUAUAAAAGAUCAGAAAGAGAUGUCAUAAUAAUGGUGGGGCUUUUAAAUAAAAUAAUCAAGGGAUAUUGCAAUAGUGAAGGGGCAUUAGAGCAGGCAUGACUUUAUACUGCCCCUGUGGAGCUUGUGACCUGCCUAAGAAUAGCUUAAAUGAGCACGAGUUGGGGAGAGGCAGGAAGAUCAAGGUGUGGAAAGAAGAAUCAGCAGUUUGUCUGUAGGCUUGGGGAACCAGACAAACACUUGAGGAACUAGGCAUUCAAAGGUGUCAGUCUUAGCUUUCAACCUCUCUGCCUUUUGCCUUGAAUUCAAUUUUUUGAGCCUUGGUUUGGGCUGGAAGCUGCUUUGAUGGCGGUAUGUAAGGUGCUGAGAGAAAGGGGAAGGAUGGAGGAGAGAAACUUACAUUCCAUGAAUAAACUAUUUAUUGUAAA